UCUUGUAUUUAUUUCUGCUUCCACCAUGUUUUGGCAGUUGCAAUGAUACAGUUUUCUUUCCCAGCGAUAACUAUCACCUAUUUAAUCACUUUUUGGAAUCACGCUUUCCGCAACGUUUUCUUUAUACACAAAACACAAAGCGUGUGGGAACGGUGAGAAACGAGCGCUGCUGUGACACGCAAAAGGGAAAUCCAACCAGGUCGUGAAAGGCCAGGGAGCACGCAGAUGAAGAGAGCCAACACGAAUGGCAAAUGGGAAAGAGGAGGGGAGCUGAGAGGCCGACCACGCGGGCUCUGGGGCUGUUACAGGUUGUAAUACUUCGGAGCCUUUCCAGGACACAGCUGGAUCCACCGGCGGUGCCGACACCCCACACCCGUCCUGCAGGCUGAUGCUGCCGGGGCGGCUCCGGGCCCGACGCGCUCUGUAAUUAGUGGGGCUCGGCCCUCGGGACUGUUACCUGAACUGCUGCUUAUGGGGAGGCAGAACGGAAGCGAUCCUGCCAACAUCUGUCUGAGCGCAUCUCCUGCACGCCCCGGGCGCGCCUGGGGGCUGGAGCCACGUGUUAGCCAGGACCCAGGGAGAAUGGCACCUCUGGGAAGCAGAAAUCGAAUGCAAGGAAGGAGCCGCGUGCUGCCAGAUGGGGCAGUUUUAUUUCACUGCUGAUGGGCGAAACAGAAGCGUUGCGUGCAAAGGAUGCAGCAUCUCUGCGAGGUACACCAGGUGUGCGUGCUGGCUGAUAGAAUCUUUGACUGAACCGAUGGAGCGGGGCACGCAGAGAGGCAAAGAAAGUCACGAGAAAGGGGAAGGAGAAGAGGAACUGUUCUGAGGAGAGAAGGCCAUAAAGUUCUGUGGGAUGAGGAAGCCUGGGCUCUUGUACCGAGCUGCUUCACAAAAUGCUGUUGCACCACAGAGACGUCAAAGGGGCCGUGAAGCUGCGGCAGUGCUGUGCAGUGACGGGGAGGGAUGACUCAGCCCCUUCCACCGUCACCGGGCGUUCCUGCGCCCUACAGAUGGGGUCACGAGAAUACCUGGAUGGAAAGAGCAUGAGAAAAGCACAGUAGGUGUGGUGCAGGCUCCUGCACAGAGCAGGCUCAGAAGAUGUAGAGAAGAUGCCCCACUUGGUGGCGGCUGUAUUUUAAGGGAGGCUGAUGCUGGUUAUGGGGCAGGGAGGCUGGGCUGGGCUCUCAGCAGGGAGAGCACUGGGAGGGCUGGGAGGGCUGGGAGGGCUGGGAGGGCUGCCAGCUGCCUCCGUGGCACAGAGAUAGCCCUGUGAGCACGGCCGUGAUGGAACACUGCAGUGUGAGGCUCGCUUUGAUCCCAGCACAGGUGAACACCCCAGAACAAUCUGCCUUUGCAUCAGCACAGGGAGCUGCGCCCUGCAGAUGCAGAUCUCCCUGGUGAGAAGUGCUUGUGCAGCAAGGUUCCCCCGCCAGACCCCGAAGGAGUCAGGAGGAGAAAGCCACGCAGUGAAGCAGCUCGUGCUGAAAGGAAUAGCAGCAGGUCUGUGCUGCCGGGGCCAUGUUCUGGUGGUGCUGGCAGAGCAGCUGCACGGGCAGCCCUGGCUGAACCCCGCACCCUUUGCCUGGGGGCCACCACCCCAGUGACACCACAAUGGCCCCAGCGUCCCCGGUGCUGGGAGAGCUUUGCUAACAAGACCUGGUGGUGCCAGGGAGCCGCAGCAUCCCUGCCCCACUGCGUAUGUGACAGUCCCCGUGCAGGGACAGUGACAACAUCCCGGGGUGGGGCUGUUGUUGGCAGCAGGGCAGCCCCGCAGGAAAACUCUGGUGACUGAAACACCAGAAGCCCACAGCAAAGACCAGAAGAGAGCAAAGCGAAUGGGGGAGAGCAAAGCGACGCAGGACACCCCCCGCCCCCCACCCAGCCCCAAGGGCCGGGGUUCCCCAGCACAGCACUGUGCCGAGCAGACGCUGGCCUCCCGCUUCUUCCCCUUUGUUGCCCACACUGGGGGCCAGGAACCCGAUUCCUUCAGGUUCCUCUUCUACACCCGCCACUGCUCCAACUCGUACAGCCCUUUCUACACGGCGCAGAGGCCGACCUGCGGGUACCUCUUUAGCCACGACACCGAUCACACCAGGAAGGUGAUGGACAUCCAGAGCGCUAACAUCGUGAAGUGGGGACCCGUCCCGACUCCAAGCCGUAGUGCAGAGCAAUAAACCCAAGCACUGAGAGCAGUGAUUGCUGUACCUCCUGCUUCCCACCCAACGGCACGGACCAGCAGUGACACGGAGCCAGGGGACGGGCGGCAGGGCCAUGGCACUGCUCCCAGGGCUGCCCUGCAUGUGGGGAAGGCGUUGUUCCCGGUGGAUGGGCUGGCACCCACACCUCGCUGCAGUGCUCAGACAGGAGAUGUUCACGGGGCUGUGGGGUGGUUGGCACAGCUCCGUGCUGCUCUCUCAGAGGCACGGGAAGCAUCCCAGCCUCCUGCUCCUGGUGCACUGUUAGCAAAGCCUCUGGAAACUGUUGGUGAGCUCACAGCCACCUGUAGCAUGCAAUCCUGCCUCUAUUAAUGAGCACCCAGUGACUGCAAGGCCUGGCUGAGCUUUGGGACAGGCCGCCCCACUGCACCAGGCACUGGGCACAGCAGGAGCAGAGCCGGCCGCGGGCAGGAGCAGGAUUAGUACAUCCAAUUACAGUUCCUCAAUCUAAUUCCUUUUUCAUAACUGUUUUAUGCUUAUGUAAUGCCACCUACUAUAGCAGAGUUAUUCCUGACUUACUUCAAUUCAACACCAGGCUCUGCAGGCAAAGUUGGGCUCUUUUUCUUAAGGCCGUGAUCUAAAAGCAGAGGUGCUAUGGGUCAGGCUCCCUGCGGGCAGUUCCACGAUGUCAGUGCUAGCAGAGGGCCCAUGAUGCAUCCUCAGGAUGUGCCCUGUGAUCUCCCAGUCCUCCUCUGGGUGCUGUGAGGGUGGGCAUGGGGCACGCAGAGGUUUCCAUGCACAGCACAUGGCAGCUGCAUUCACACUCACACUUUGCCGUUCCAGGGAAUGGUGUUGCUGUGUCUGUCUCAGCACAUCAAAUGUACCCAAACAGAGCGUCCCUGAUAAGAGCUGGAAUGGAAAUGUCCCUCUCUGAAUUUCAGAUUGAUUUCCCAACUGGGAAUCCUCCAGCAGAAUAAGUCUGAGGAAGAGCAAAGGGUGAUACCACCACCAGAACCUCUGGGUGCUUUUCUCUCUUUAUCUCUGACACUGAUUUUGGUGCAAAAGCUGUCGUUCAUGUGAACCCACAGAAAACUGUAAGUGAAGUGGAUUAGGAGCUUACACCGUCACGGAGUAAAUUCUGCCCUCCUAAUCUUCUGCUGGGCUGUAAUCUGAAAGACUUUCCCAUUUUACCUCCUUCCUAUUUUAAACCUGAAUGCUUAAUGCCCCUGGUAGGUGUCCAUCCUGCUCCUCAUUGGCUGAGGGAGGAUUUGCUGGUACUUAAAUGGCACCCUCUGCUCUGCGCCUUUGUGCUUUCUGGGUGUCGUGCAUUUACAUUUGCCAGGACAGAGAGAGAGGAACCUGUGUCCAUCACCACCACCAAUGUACUGGGACCAGCACGAGGCACUUUAAAGGCGAGAAGGAGACCUUCAAAGAGAGCUCCAAAACUUCAGAACUCACCCAUCAACCUCAGAACUCAUCCACUGACCUGAGAUCUCAUCCAUCAACCUCAGAACUCAUCCAUCAACCUCAGAACUCAUCCACCGACCUCAGAACUCAUCCACUGACCUGAGAUCUCAUCCAUCAACCUCAGAACUCACCCAUCAACCUCAGAACUCAUCCACCGACCUCAGAACUCAUCCACUGACCUUCAGUUUUGGCUGCGAAGUGACGGGUGCUCGUUGCGGAGAUGGGGAACAUGGAUGGGAAAGCGGUGGAGGAGCUGAGUGCCACCGAGUGCCACCAGUGGUACAAGAAGUUCAUGACGGAGUGCCCCUCGGGCCAGCUCACCCUCUAUGAGUUCAAACAGUUUUUUGGCUUGAAAAACCUGAGCCCGUCCGCGAACAAAUACGUCGAGCAAAUGUUUGAGACGUUUGACUUCAAUAAGGAUGGCUACAUAGAUUUCAUGGAGUACGUGGCAGCCCUGAGCUUGGUCCUGAAAGGCAAGGUGGAUCAGAAGCUGCGGUGGUAUUUCAAACUCUAUGAUGUAGAUGGGAACGGCUGCAUCGACCGGGGAGAACUGCUAAACAUCAUCAAAGCCAUCCGAGCCAUCAACCGCUGCAACGAAGCCAUGACAGCCGAGGAAUUCACGAACAUGGUGUUCGAUAAAAUUGAUAUCAAUGGGGAUGGUGAGCUCUCGCUGGAGGAGUUCAUGGAGGGUGUCCAAAAGGACGAGGUGCUGCUCGACAUCCUCACCCGCAGCCUGGACCUGACGCACAUCGUGAAAUUAAUCCAGAACGACGGGAAGAACCCGCACGCCCCAGAGGAGGCGGAGGAGGCUGCCCAGUAAACUCAAGGACACGUUCCCACCAACUUUUCUUCCCCUCCCUUUGCGUUUAUUGACACA